AUGGCAUACAACACUUCUUACCUCUCGUCCCCUGACACUCCCUCCACCGUUUUCCCCGAGCGACUGAUUCGGCCACUCCCCAAGCGGUCCAUCAAGUCCCGGUUGUCUCAAGAAGCCGCCGAGGCAAUCACAUAUCCUCCUACGCUACCCUCGACCAGCUUACCGACGUACACACACUAUGGUGAAAAUGGUGAAUAUCCAAACGACAGCAAAGUUUUAGUGCACCAACACAGUGACGGGUAUGAUCAAGAUCACGACCACGACCACGAAGACGAUCAUGAAUGUCCUCACCACCACCACCAUCAUUGCCACCACGAUGAGUACGAAGAUGACCUCGAUUCUCAAGAUGAACGCAUGGUUCCUGUCCGUCACUACUUUGUGUCUUCUCCUCGAUCUCCCCGUUCUGGGCGUCACAGAUACUCUUCCAAGGGCACCAUCUCUGGGCCGGACGGAUAUGAAGCCUUUGAAAAUACUAAUAAUAAGAAAAAGCGAAAGAUCCCGACUUCUGGCAGUUUGAGUCUGCAUCAUUCAUCCGUGACGGAUCAGUUGGCGCACAUGGGAAUCAGUGGAACGCGAGAUGGCUCCGCGGACGACUCGUAUUCCACGAUUGCUCACGCCGGAAGCCCUACUGGUCUCGGCGUCCAAGGAGCUGGGAGAGGGCGCAGCACAAGAAAGCUACCCGGUCGAAACCCUCUAGGUAUCUCAGUUAAUGGCUCUAACGCUCGAAGUAAUACUUCCAAAUACGACCAGAAUAUAUCUGCUAACGCCAAAGCGGAAGAAUCCAAAGAUCAAGGCAUUAUAUCAGCCGCCAUUGCCAAUGCCACGGCCCUGCUUCGGAAGCCACUCGGUAAAGGUCAAGAGAAUGUGGGAGUUCUGGACCAACAAGUCAAACAAGCCCACACCAGUUCGCAAUUUACCUUUACCUGCGAGAGCGAGGCCAAAGGAGUCACCUUCCCGGAGCAGAGCUUAUACUCGCCCGGUUAUGCCCAACGGAACAACUUAGCCCCUCCAGCCCAGGGCGCAACACACCAGAAGGUAUCAACCCAAGCAACCCAGACCAGUCCGGGCGUGGCUCAACCAAACACCCAACCUGCACCUGCUGCUUCUACGGCCGCAAAUGCGAAUGCCCAAGGCAAGAAGCCUCGCAGAAGGAAAGCAGAUGUGUAUGCCUUGGCUGCCCGACAGAGACGACUUCAACAAGAAUACAACAAUCUACAGCAUCCGCCGGCGCCAGAGGACAUCUGGAUCUGUGAAUUCUGCGAAUACGAGAGCAUCUUCGGCCAACCUCCCCAUGCAUUGAUUCGUCAGUACGAGAUCAAGGAUCGCAAAGAACGGCGCCGACUGGCCGAAAAGAGGCGGUUGCUGGAGAAGGCGAAACUCAAGGGCAGGAAGGGGAAGAAACAGACAAAGGGAACGCCCAAAGCCUCAAACUACAAUGGCCCACUGCUGCCUCCGCAGGCAUAUGAGAAUCAGCCAAUGGACCAGCUAGGCGACGACGAUUUGGACUACGGCUACGAUGAUCCAGUCCCAAUGCCGGCACCACCAGCAGCCACUGCCCCGAGCAAGGCUGCUACGGCGCCGUCGAAUGCGACGACAGACAAGGCUGGGGGAACAAAUGGAGGCGGAGGAACACGAUGA